AGCGUGCGACCAACAGCGCACGCAUUCAUCAUCAAAAAACACACAAUAAAAAACACAAUAGGUCACUUUUUUUUAUUUAAUUUCAUUUAAUUUAAUAAACUAAUCAACUUAACCGACGAAAAAAAUAAUUAGUCAAAUAGUAAAAACAUAGAGCCGACCUCAAGCCAAAACGGUAGAAAUAAAGCAUUACAAUUCGCCGACUGAAUAGAGAAACACACAAUCGAUAAUUGAAAACAUUAAAAAGGAAAAGGAAACUGUAGUGGAUUAAUUUGAAACAAAACGAAACGAAUAAAGAAGUGUUAGUUGCUAUUUUAUACGCGAACAACCGUUUGUACAAACAAAUAGUUAAAACUUUAAAUCAAUACUAAAAUGUUAAGUGCGUCUUAACCAACCCCAAACUGAUGUGUUUUUUUUACUCUACCUAUCUAUCACCAUUAUUAUUAUUAUCGUGAUGUUCUUUAAAUUUUAAUCAUUACAAUUUUAUUAAUAUAAAUGCAUAUUUAAAAAAGAUGUGUGCGUAUGUAUAUGUAUUUGGGGUUAUGUAACGUUAGAGUAGCGAUAGUGCUGUCCGAUACUCCGCGAGUAAUUUCGAUAUUGCGUGCUAAAGUGUGUUGAGUUUUUCGUUUGGUUUGGUUUCAAGUUUUUUUUAGAUGGUUGAAAGUGGCACCAUGGUCGAUCUGAGUGGUGUUUCGCCUGCUGAGGUCCCAAAUGACCCGGGAAAAAUGUUUAUUGGCGGCUUAAGUUGGCAAACGAUACCAGAAAGUCUACGAGAGUACUUCAGCAAAUUCGGUGACAUAUCAGAAGUGAUGGUCAUGAAGGACCCCACGACGAGGAGGUCAAGGGGCUUCGGCUUCGUGACCUUUUCCGACCCCACUAGCGUCGACAAAGUUUUGGCAGCCGGCACGCACGAAUUGGACGGCAAAAAGAUCGAUCCAAAAGUAGCAUUCCCAAGGAGAGCACAUCCAAAGAUGGUGACGAGGACAAAAAAGAUUUUCGUGGGCGGUUUGAGCGCUCCCACGACAUUAGAGGACGUCAAAUCAUAUUUCGAACAGUUCGGACCGAUUGAAGACGCGAUGCUAAUGUUCGACAAACAGACCAACAGGCACAGGGGGUUCGGUUUUGUCACAUUCCAGAGUGAGGACGUCGUGGACAAGGUGUGCGAGAUACAUUUCCACGAAAUAAACAACAAAAUGGUGGAGUGUAAGAAGGCCCAGCCUAAAGAGGUGAUGUUGCCGGCCAACUUGGCCAAAACCAGGACGGCCGGAGGAGCUCCUGGUUCACGAGGGGCAUACGAUUUUAUGUGGUCUUUGGGCGCACUACCUGAUGGUUUUCCUGCAGCAGCCUACGCCGCCUACGCAGCCGGAAGGGGCUACUCCGGUUAUCCUAGCUUCGGCCUGCCCUAUCCUACCGUUGAUCUAACCAAUGGCCAGUUGACCCCAAAUAAUAACACGCCGCUGUUGACCCAGGCUCUGUCAGUGAUGAACAACUAUCAAGCAGCAGCAGCAGUGGCGGCGGCCACCGGAGGCGGUUUCGUUCCGCCAGCCUCACCUCACGGAGGCACCGCCGUUGUAGGACCAGCACCCGCAGGAACCCCCGUAGGCAGCACGGGACCCGCCAGAUACGGACCUGCUCAGCCUGGGACUCCGGGUGGAGCUGUGGUAUCAGCCGGGGGCACAGGAGGAUCUCCGGGACCCGCGAUAGACUUGUACGCCGCCACUGCGCUUGGAGGAGUCGCCACACUCGACCAACAGACUCCUACUGGUACAACAAUGUACGCUCACCAUCCGCAUGCGGCUGUGCACCAUCCGUUGCACCACCAGACUCCCGGAGGCGCCGGAGGGAGCCCCCAGCCGCCUCCUGCGGCGUACCCGGCGAUUGCGGUGAGCAGGGCGCCCAUCAAUUACACUCCGAGAUCGCCAAUAACCAACGGAUACCACUGUUGAAAUGUACCGGUAAGAAAAAAAAACAAACAAAGCAACCAAAAUGGUAAUAAUAAUUUCCAAAAAAAGCAAAAAUUAUUAUUACAUCCAGAGAAACCCAGUCAAUAUUAGAAUCAAUUCCCAGUUAAUUUUUUUAAUCGAUUUUAAAAUUAAGAAAGCAAAAAAUAUGAUAAGAAAAAAUGAGCAGGUUAAGGAAUCUAAAUGCAUUUUUAAGGGAACUCAAAGAAGUGAUUGGAGAUUGUUGGAGACAGAAAUACAUAUAUACAUAUACAUCCGG